CUGCAUCGCGCACUUCCGGGUGUUGUCUGGACGCCGCCGUGAGUCGUCGGUCUUCCCGGCCGCCGCCGCCGCCGCCUCGGGUUGUGAAGCCAAGAGCGACAUCACCACCAUGGCGGGCAUCAAAGCUUUGAUUAGUUUGUCGUUUGGAGGAGCAAUUGGGCUGAUGUUUUUGAUGCUUGGAUGUGCCCUUCCAAUAUACAACCAAUACUGGCCCCUCUUUGUUCUGUUUUUUUACAUCCUUUCACCUAUUCCAUACUGCAUAGCAAGAAGAUUGGUGGAUGAUACAGAUGCUAUGAGUAAUGCUUGUAAGGAACUUGCCAUAUUUCUUACAACAGGCAUUGUUGUCUCAGCUUUUGGACUCCCUAUUGUAUUUGCUCGAGCACAUUUGAUUGAGUGGGGAGCUUGUGCACUUGUUCUCACAGGAAACACAGUCAUCUUUGCAACUAUACUAGGCUUCUUCUUGGUCUUUGGAAGCAAUGAUGACUUCAGCUGGCAGCAGUGGUGAAAAGGAGUUGCUGAACUAUUGUCACAUGGACUCUUGUCAUCUGUUGGCCAUCCAUGCACACAGGAGAUGRUGCAGUAAUGCUGAAUGGUGUAGCAAGCCUCCUGGGGGUAUUCUAGGUGCUCCCUACUCACUUUUAUUGUAUGCAUUACUGUUCACAGAGACUUGCUAAAGGAUUAAAAGGAUUUUCUCUUUUGAAAAAGCUUGACUGAUUUCAACUUAUCUAUAGUAUGCUUUUUGUGGUGUCCUACUGAAUCUAAGUAUUUGUUUUUCCUGUUCAGCUUUUUUAUCAAUAUGCCAUGUUAUUUUUUUUAAAUGUAAUAGCCAUUUGCAUUGUUUUAGGAAUUCAGAAUUCUUCUGGCUUUAUUACUGGGCUAAAGUACAUAUUUCCUCUUAAAAUUGGUUAACCUCCAUUAUUAUAAAAAUUAUAAAAAUAAGUUUUAAAUCAGUCAGGAUGACCUAGUUCCCAAUUUUAUGCAAACUUGCAGACCAUUAGCAUACCUUGUAGAUUAUCUACUCAGUGCAAAUAUAGCUGCGUUUACCUCAGAGGGGCCAAAUAUGAAUGCCCAUACCCUCCAUAAGGGUUGCUGGUUUUACUAGAAGACAGGUGGUUUGUGAAUUGAAAAUUGUUUUAUGGAAUUGCUACAAAGGUGUUCUUUUCUCAAUUGAUGGAGGAAUUUAUGUUAAACUUUAAGGUAAGGGUAUAAAAAGAUUUUUGAGAUAUGGUUUUUUAUUUAUGUUUAUUGUAGUCAAAGUAGAAUGAGUUGCAGUGUGGGAAGAAACACAUUGAAAUUCCAUUGCUUGAGUGUGUUUCUAUUUAUGUGAAAGUUGUGAUCUCUCGGCCUUUCAUGUUUUAUCAUGGGUAAAAUGGACAUACAUGGAAUUAUUACUGAUGAGGGAAAGUUGUAUGUUUGCAUCAUAAAUACCAGAAAAUCCUCCUCUGCUUCCUCCUUUUAACUUAUUUUGUAUGUUUUAUGUAUUAAGUAAAAGAACCUUUCAAACACUUAGAAAUGUUUACUUAC